AUGUACAGCCCAUUAGACGCCGAUGAUAGCAACCCAUGUCGUACGCUGCAGCGGGCCGCCACCACCGACUUGUCGUUUUUUACUCCAUCAUCCGUGUCAUUCAAUCCGAAACCGUACUUCCCCCACCCUGGCCACGCACAGAAUCGCAUAAAGUCUGCAUCUUCGUCUUCGCUGCAGCGAGAGCCAUCGUCAAGCGCUCUUCAGCAAAAGUCGCUGGAUGUAUCGGCCAACGAUCCUGAGGCCAUUUUCAUUCGUUACCCAUUCAACGACUUUCCUGACUCGCACCUCCACCCCGAUGGACUCACGUAUAAUCUCAUGGUCGAUAAUCCGAACUGGUUCCUUGAUCCAGCGGAUUUUAGGACGGAGAACGAUACGGACCCGAGUCGUGUGCCGUACCCUCAGAUACUUGAACCACCUCGUGGCUGGUGCCCGACGAAAAAGAAGGAUGUAAAAGAGAGGGGCGCAGAGGCUUAUGGCGGUGAAGAUGCACCUAAGUUGCGAUGUACAUUUUGUCGCAGAGGCUAUGCCGGAGUGAACGCGAAGAGUAUGUGGAGAAGGCAUGUCCUAGAGAAGCACAAGAUCCCCAUGGCAAAUAGACGUGAUGGUCCUACCGAAGGGGGAGGUCGUGGUCGAAGUUCUUCAAACAAGGAAAACAAGAGAGUGGGAUCGACUGGGCUGGAUAAGGCAAACUCAUUUACCGUUCAGAGUUUCUUCAAGCCUAAGCAGAAGGAACC